GCCUGAGCCGCGGCCAGCUGGUCAGGUUGUCGUAUUUCGUGCCGACCAACCAGACUGCUCCGGGUGCAAUGACACCCAGUAGCACUUGCAUGAACGGGCCGGAAGGCCGGUUGGUGUCCGGUGACGCGCUGCUGGAGGGCGUCGGCGCUCAGGGCUGGUACCAGCGCCGCCUGCUCUGGCUGUUCGUGCUGCCCGUCUGCUUCUUCCUGCCCGUGGUCUGCCUGAACGUGCUGAUGCAGGUGACGGCACCGGACCACUGGUGCCACGUGCCCGGCCGGCCUGACAGCGUGUCCCUGGACCAGUGGCGCCAGCGCACCCUGCCGCGGCGGCGCCUUCCGGGUGGCUCGGCGACCCACAGCCGGUGUCUCAUGUUCAGCGCCGCGCUGACAAACGCCACUGAUGACUGGCGAAACACCACUUACGACGCUGGCGCGACCCCAGCUGCGUCUUCAAACCAAACGGCGGGCGUGACAGCGUGCCAGUUCGGCUGGGAAUUCGACCGGAAUGACUUCUCGGAAACGGCCGUGUCGGCCUUCCAGUGGGUGUGCGACCAGAGCCAGGAGAGCACCCGGCUACUCACCACGUCCUCCGUGGGAAAUCUCCUGGGCAGCAUCGUCUUCGGUUGGCUGGCCGAUAGGCUCGGCCGUCGCCUGGUGUUCUUCCUGCUGGCCGUCCUGCAGCCGCUAGUCAGCGUGGCCGGCGUGCUGGCCGCCCAGCCGACCGUGUUCAUCGUCAUGCGCUUCUUCGCCGCGCUCUGCUACCCCGUCAUGUAUCAGCUGGUCUUCACCAUCGGGAUGGAGUUUACUGGCGUCUCGCGGCGUACCUGCUACGCCGUGGUAGUGUCCAUGGCCUUCACUCUGGGAAUGUGUGCCCUACCACUUGUGGCCUACCUGCUAAACGACUGGGUGCACCUGGGUCUGGCCAGCGCUCUACCAACGCUGCUCUUCCUGCCCUGUUUCUGGCUGGUGGACGAGUCGCCGCGCUGGCUGCUAAGCCGGGGCCGGCUUACGGACGCCACUGCCGUGCUGAGGAGGGUGGCCGUCGCCAACGGCGUGCCGCCCGGCACCAUGGAGGGGCUGCUAGAGACCACCAGCGGAACAAGCUGUCAGCCGGCCUCACCCAGCCUGCUGCAGCUGCUCUCUGGACGCCGGCUACGGCUCAAGACGGCCGUCAUCACCGCCUGCUGGGCCAUCAAUGUCAUCAUGUACUACGGGCUGAUGCUGAGCUUCUCCGACAUGAGUGGCAACCUCUUCCUCAACUUCUUCUUGCUGUCGGUUGUGGAGCUGCCCUCGAACGUUCUGGCGCUAUACGUGUGUGACCGGCUCGGUCGCCGGCCCACGCAGCUCCUGUUCUUCACCGGCUCUGGCCUCUCCCUGAUGGCCGUAAUUCCGUUGCAGUAUGUUUCCGGCACCGGCGGAGCCAUCACGGCCCUGCUGAUGCUGGGCAAGUUCUGCACCAGCCUCACGUUCGUGGUGCUGUACCUGCAGUCGGCAGAGCUGUACCCCACUUGCGUCCGCUCCAUGGCCAUCGGGCUGUCGUCGCUGGUCGGCAUCGGCGCCGGCAUCUUCACCCCCUACAUCCUCCGGCUGGCUAUACUCAGUCCAUCCUACCCGUUCAUUGUCAUGGGAGGUUUGGGCGGCGUCGGAGCUCUGUGUGUGGCUCAGCUGCCCGAGACCAGAAGCCGUCCUCUGCCGGAGACGCUGGAGGACGCCGAACGCGACUGAAGUGCCCCCGCAAGGCUCAGCUCUCCGGGACCAGAAGCCGUCCUCUGCCGGAGACGCUGGAGGACGCCGAACGCGACUGAAGUGCCCCCGCAUGGCUCAGCUGUCCGGGACCAGAAGCCGUCCUCUGCCGGAGACGCUGGAGGACGCCGAACGCGACUGAAGUGCCCCCGCAUGGCUCAGCUGUCCGGGACCAGAAGCCGUCCUCUGCCGGAGACGCUGGAGGACGCCGAACGCGACUGAAGUGCCCCCGCAUGGCUCCGUUGUCCGGGACCAGAAGCCGUCCUCUGCCGGAGACGCUGGAGGACGCCGAACGCGACUGAAGUGCCCCCGUAUGGCUCCGUUGUCCGGGACCAGAAGCCGUCCUCUGCCGGAGACGCUGGAGGACGCCGAACGCGACUGAAGUGCCCCCGCAUGGCUCCGUUGUCCGGGACCAAAAGCAGCCUGCUGUUGGGAACUGGACGACAUGGAACGCAGCUGAUAUGUGCUCAUGUGGGGACUCUGAACCAGAGAGUCUCCUCCGUACGGCCCCAUUAUUGGGAAUCACGAGUCGGUAACUUUGCUGGACGCCAGCAGACAUCGAGGGCUAUUCAAGCGCCCUCUGUGUGACUCACCGGGCGCACUCCAGGUGGUGCUGUCGUCGGCACACCGUCGCAGGCGAGUUUGUCUGUGGUCAGGCUUUUCAGCCUCUCAGGAUCGGUAGCUCAUAGCAAGAAUCGGUCCAUAUCUCAGCGCCAGUCUGCCUGCCAUCAACGCAUUGCAAUGGGCUUACGGCAUGGUCAUCCAUGGAGAGCAAAAUGUGUCGGUAUUCUUACUGCUGUACAAAAAGCAGAUAGUAGCCUGGCCAGGGAAGGGAAGGGGCUUGUGAAGCCAUACCCUCUUCUUGAGGUGGUUGGAGCCCUGAGUUAAAACAAAACAGUGCUCUUUGGCAGAUUAAGACACGUGUUUGGAUUACAUAACAUGAAAACUGACCCGAGGCAUCAAAAUAGGACCUUAUGUUUGCGUAUGUCCCCUAAACCCAAAACAGGGCCAAUAAGCGACGAACAGAGCUCUUUGCCUAGAAGUUCUCAAUGAUCCAAGUUGUCCCCUUCCCUGGUGAGAUUCAGGCUACGCCACUUAUAAGCAGACAUUCCAUCGGCAGCGAUUUUUCGCUUUGGCGGGCUGAGCGCGUCGGUGACUUGCCACGUGUCCCGACUACGAGCCACGUGCCCCGACUAUGAGCCACGUGUCCCGACUAUGAGCCACGUGUCCCGACUAUGAGCCACGUGUCCCGACUAUGAGCCUGUUCUCAGGCAUGACAUCUCCUGAGCAAACUCACCAGCUCGGAGACACAGUGAUGGCUGGUGUUAGCUGACUAGAAAUUAUCACGAUUAUGCCAUAACUACUGUUUGUCUAUUUUGUUCUGGUUAACAAAAACCGUAAGUGUGAAGCUGUGAGCUGCCGAUUGCAGUCUAUAAACUAUCGGGUUACAAAUGUCUUCAUAUGGAGAGGCCGGGUUUUGCGGCGAAUCUGUGUUGCAGCAAGCAUCUACACCAACCUGCGACCAAAUUGCAGCUUAUUGCUAACGUCACUCAGCAUCAAGGCGAUGACCAGAGAAUUGCUGCCCCGUGCCGCUGCAGCCGUGCGAGGAAGCGGGUUGUCAGCCUUACUC